GGAGAGGGGGCGGCUACUGGUGUUGGAAGUGGAGAGAUACCCUAUUUUACUCAGUUUCAACUAAUAAAAAAUUCAUAAAUGAGGGAGGUGGCGUAGUAUAUUUGGCAAAGGAGGGGUAUUAAUGAAAGCUUUAUGUGUUUGUUUUUAUCUGGUUCAUUUCAAGGGAAGGGAGACAGAGCAAAGGUGGGAGGAGGAGGAGAGGAAGGAAGGAGGCAGGAGGAGCGAAGGGCUUCGAGAAAGGGGACAUGUACCCCUCCAAGAGUUGUAGGCAUUAGUGGAGGUAAAUGAAGGCAUAUGAAGUGAUAAGUCAUAUGAAAAAUAACCCUGGUGCUGUGCUGAAAUAUUGCAGUAAAAGCAAGAAGAAUGCGCCAUCUUUGAGGACUUGCAAUCUCUGGGGAACUGAGAGAUGCCUCUUGAUAAUGCAAAUGCUUUUGACACACAACACUUCAGCAACAAAGAUUCAGAGCAUAGUUCAGUGACUUCAGUCCAUUCAGCAUCAAAUUGUGUUGAUAAUUUCCCAUCCUUGUGGAAACAAAGUGGUUCGCACUUUCCACAAUCAACUUAUUUCAAGAACUUCUGUAUGAAUAUGGGCUUCUUGGCACAACCUGAUAAUCAGAUGAAGCAACUGGGUGGUCAAAUGCCUGACCAGGACUCAUCCUCAUCUCAAUCAACUGGUCAAUCUCACCAAGAAGUGUCUGGAACAAGUGAAGGCAACCUUCAUGAGCAAAGUAUUUCAGCACAAGCUGGUAAUGAUAAGACAUGUGGAAAGCAGGUUGAGGGUCAUGUGAACUCAGUUUUAUUCCUAGGGACUCCAGAAGCUGCCUUUGUAUCUCCAAGACUUGAUUAUGGCCAGUCUUUUGCUUGUGUCCCUUACACCUAUGCUGAUCCAAGCUUUGGUGGUGUGCUGGCUGCAUAUGGGUCACCUGCUAUAAUUCAUCCUCAAAUGGUGGGAGUGCCACCUUCUUCUCGUGUUCCGCUGCCUCUUGAACCAGCUGCGGAGGAACCCAUCUAUGUCAAUGCAAAACAAUACCGUGCGAUACUCCGAAGGAGGCAGCUGCGUGCAAAGUUGGAGGCUCAAAAUAAACUCAUCAAAGCUCGAAAGCCAUACCUCCACGAGUCUCGGCAUCUUCAUGCAAUGAAAAGAGCAAGGGGAUCCGGUGGGCGCUUCCUAAAUACAAAGCAGCUCGAACAGCAGCAACAGCGACCACUGCUGCCGCCCCCACCUUCUGUUAGCACUGGUCUUGGGAAUCUCUCAGCCUCUAAUCUCCACUUUGAAAAUGGCCCCAGUGGUUCAUCUGCUGCUCCUACCAGCUCUGCUGAUGUCGUCAGAGUUUCCACCAGCGGAGGCAUGUUAGAACAGCAGGGUCACCUCAGCUUCUUGUCUGCUGAUUUCCACUCCCAUGUAAGGAGUACUCAAGGUGGAGGUGACAGCGGUUCCCAACCUCGGAUCACCAUCAUGCGGUAAAACGUAGGGAAUUGGCCUGAUGGUGUUUCCCUGGCAAUUCAUCCUUGGCUUAAGGUGUUUCCUCAGAAAUGCUUCAUUUUCGUAUGGUAGCAAGACUUGAUAGGGCUCAAAAAAUGCACCUCCAAAUUGUACUCUAAGUGCUUGACACCUUGUUUUGGAUAUGUUUAUGGUUAAAUAGAUGCCAACACUCUCUCAACUUUUA